GGCACAUAGGCAUUAGAUGUGAGCGGGUGUUCUGAAAAGACAAGGUUAUCCGUUCGUCAUUUUCGUGUAGUAAAGUUAGUUUGUUUAUACCGUAAGUGUUUAUAACGAAGUUAGAAAUAGUAUGGGGGAGUUAGCUUAAAAAAUGUUUAACCUUGAAAAUACAGGUUUUGUUAUCAGUACGAUGUUUCCGGGCACUAUUCGGGCAAAAUAGAUCCGAACCAGUACUAGUUGAUAUCUUUACUUGAUAUUAUUGUUAUCAGCACAGUUGUCACGGAAGAAAUUAAAUCGUUUAUGGUUAUAAAUACAAAGGAAAUAAAUAUAUGCACUGUGUUAGAGUACUGAAAACCGUAUUGUCGAGAUGAAGGUUGUGAAGCUGAUUUAUUUACGGGUUUAAUUAGAGAAUUAUUUUUCAUUUGAAAGCUGGAAUUUUAAAUCAGUCUAUUCUGGGCUAGUCAUGAUGUUUAUCGGGGCUUAAUAUGUUGUUCUGUGGUUGUAUGGUCAACAACUAACCACCUCUCAUAAUGACCCACCGUUUCAAGUUCUGUGAGUUUAUACGAGAACUAAUUUUCACGUCUUCGCCUAAGUUAACGUGUUAUCUGAACUACUAUGAGUUUAAAUUUAACGGAUGAUGAACUAGUGGACAUGACAACAGCUGAUCUUCGAUUGCUGCUAGAAAAAAAACGUUUAACAAUUGAGGAACACAAAGAACUUCGUAGUCGGAGACGUCGUUUGCAAAAUCGAAAAUACGCACGCAAAUGUGCUAGCAAAAAGCAAUCCGAAGUGGAAAACUUAGCCACCCAGGUGAAGGAAGAGGUCGUUGAAAUCCAGGCUCUGAGAACUCAGUUAUCACGAACCAACUUGGCGACAAAACACUUGGAACACCAAUUACGCCGCAUAAUGGAAUUCAAGGAAAAGUGUCUCAAUAAUGAAAGUAAUGGAUUUCAGAUAAAGACAGUCCGCAUGUUGAAUUCUAACGGUCAACCUGCUGGAUUUGCUUACAUUAAUUCGACGUUCUCUUCUAAUUUUAUGGGAUCUAAGAUUCAUGAAGUUGUUCAUCCAACAGAUAAAAAUUGCGAUGUCACAGAAAUUGCAACUUGUUCAAAGUAUAACCCUCUAUCUUCAGGUUCCCGUAAGUACAAAUUCAGCCUAGAAGAACACCCUUCCAACGUUUAUCCACGUCAAAUACCUACGGUUUCGCAAUUUUCUUCAGGCCUUGGCUUCCCUGGUACAGGUUCACCUGUACGUUUUUCAUGUAACCCUCCUUGUCACUUCAAAAAUCAUCUUCAAAUGCGUCUGGUUAGGCCAGUCGGUGGAGGCUUCGCAUCACACGGCAGAGGCAUGUCUGAAUAUUAAUAUCAGCUCCCACUAUUAUUUCUCUUCAGUUAAAUACAGCACCUCGAAUACUAAUAUCAUAAAUGGAAUAAUUUAUUAGCUCAUAUUCCUGCAUACUUGAGUGAACCCAAGAUUUUCCAUUUUACUGUGAUCAAGUAUUAUUUCCAUUGUUUUCUGUUCAUUGUUUGUUCUAUGUUAAUGCUAAAGUUUUGUGGCUUUGGCUCAUUUAUAAUAAAAACCAGUAUAAAACCGUUUCUUUCGACCUCAUGUUUCAGCGUAAAAAUGAGACUUUUACUACUUAGUUGAUGCUCAGUGUUCUUAUACUCUGGGUUAGAACGUGUUACCAAGAUGAGAAAGAAUGGUUUUAUCUUAUCGAUAUUAAGCUGUGGUUUUUUCUACCAAAGAUAAGCAUUAUUCUUAGCAAAACUUAAUCAAAUAUUUGUGAUCCUUCGUAUAAAUAAUUUUCGCAAUAAAAUAUCUUGAUAAUAUGACACGGA